AUGAGGCCGUUCCUGUCAUGGGAAAGCUCUGGUAGCCAGAAGGAUCUUAAGCGCUCAAGUCCAAACCCAAAGGAAGCCCAGAGAGAGAAUCUCUUCCAUUCACGCUGUCUUGUCCAGGAGAAGGUGUGCAGUCUCAUUAUUGAUGGAGGCAGUUGUACUAAUGUGGCUAGUGAGGCCAUGGUUGAAAAACUUGGUCUUGUGACUCAGAAACAUCCCAAGCCAUAUCAGUUACAAUGGAUCAAUGAGACUGGAGAUAUGAGCGUGAAGGAACAGGUGCUUGUGCCAUUAUCCAUUGGAAGCUAUGAAGAUGAGAUUUUGUGUGAUGUCCUGCCUAUGGAUGCUGGACACAUCAUUUUGGGAAGGCCUUGGCAAUCUGAUAGGCGAGUGAUGCAUGAUGGUUUCACAAACAAGUAUACUUUCCUGCACAAGGGGCGCAAGACCACUCUUAUUCCCUUAACCCCUCAAGAGGUGUAUGAAGAUCAAGUCCAGCUGUGCAGUCAGAGAACCAAACCUCAAGCCAAGAAGGAGCCACCCAAUCCAAUCAAAUCCUUGAACUAUCUGGUCAAGUCCAAACAGGUUAAAAGUUCUAUGUCUUCUGAUAAGCCUUUUCUCUUGUUUAUUUUUAAAGGAUCACUUAACCUUCUUGUUGAUAAUGCACCGGAGAUUCCGAGUGAGAUGUCUAAGCUUUUACAGGAUUUCAAGAUGUGUUUCCAGAUGAUUGCCCAAAAGGAUUGCCACCAGUCAGAGGCAUUGAGCAUCAAAUAG